UGCAUAGGGGCCACCCUGGAGACUUGGAGGAUGAAGGAGUCACUCCAGGAGGGGCUGGAGUGGUGGCCGGGAGACUCUGCACAUUGGUUUGGAACUGUGGAGGAACUGUACACCCAGAGACUGAACUGGCGUGUGUGCAAACUGAAAAAAAAAAAAAAAUCAUUCAGAGUGAAAAGGAUCGGUCAACUCACUGUACAACUGGGCUAUUUGUAUGUCACAGAUGUGGAUUUUACUGAAACAUUUCUUCGACAGUCUCAGGCCCUGAAGAGCUCACUGCUUAUCUGGCAGCGGGAACCAUUCUAUAUCCUCCUGGCAUAUUCGGAGUAUAACCUGGAGGUGGGCUACCGCAGGAACCUGAGCCACAUCGCCGCCUUGUUCCUCCUGUAUCUGCCUGAGGAGGAUGCAUUCUGGGCCCUGGUGCAGCUGCUGGCCAGUGAGAGGCACUCCCUGCAGGGAUUCCACAGCCCAAAUGGCGGGACAGUCCAGGGGCUCCAAGACCAUCAGGAGUAUGUGGUACCCACGUCACAACCCAAGACCAUGUGGCAUCUGGACAAGGAAGGUCUAUGCGGGCAGCGUCUCUCGUUAGCCUGGCUUCUCCGGAUGUUGAUUAAGAUCUCUCUCGGGCUCACCCUGCGCCUGUGGGACGUGUAUUUGCUGGAAGGAGAACAGAUGUUGAUGCUGAUGACAAGCAUUGCCUUUGAGGUUCAGAAGAAGUGCCUCAAGGAGACAUCCAGUUCUGGCCUGUGGGCAUGUUUUCCGAACCAGUUCUUCCAUCACUGGGCCAGCGAUGAUGACACGGUGCUCAAGCAUCUUAGGGCCUCUACAAAGAAACAAACAAGGAAGCAAGGGGACCUGCCACUCCCAGCCAAACCGGAGCAAGGGUCCUCUGCACCCAGGCCUGUGCCGGCUUCACGUGGCAGGAAGACCCUCUGCAAGGGGGACAGGCAGGCCCCUCCAGGCCCACCAGCCCGGUUCCAGCGGCCCGUUUGGUCAGCUUCCCCGCCAUGGGCACCUCGUUCUUCCACACCCUGUCCUGGUGGGGCUGUCGGGGAAGACAUCUACCCUGUGGGCACUCAGGGUGUGCCCAGCCCGGCCCUGGCUCAGGGAGGACCUAAGGGUUCCUGGAGAUUCCUGCAGUGGAACUCGAUCAUCCCGACGGACCUGUAUGUAGGGGGCCCUUGGUUCCCCCAUUAUGAUUUCGAACAGAGCUGCUGGGUCCAUGCCAUAUCCGAGGAGGACCAGCUGGCCACCUGCUGGCAGGCUGAACACUCUGCGGAGGGAGUGAGAUUGGCUUUCGCUGCACUGAACUACAAUGUGGACAUGGACUUCCGGGCCCUGCAGUGCACCCAGCACUGA